CAUUAACGGCUGGUGUUCCCGACUGUCAGGGCAAGGCAAAGUAAAGACGGAAUGACGACGAAACACGGAACACAGAACACGGAAUUGCUAUAAGAAUUUCUGUUUACUGGGUGCAAGUGGUGCUUUUAAGUAUGCAUAGUGUUAGCUGGUGUUAGUGUGUAUAUAAUCAGUUCAUACCUGCAUGUAUGUAUGUUGGAAUAGUUGAGAUGAAUAAAGAUCUAAGGUUUAAUACGAUAUUAAUAAAAACAUAAAAAUAAUAUAUUAAACAAUUAUAGACAAUACAGAUAACAAAGUUGCCAAAAUGUCUACAGACAAAAUUUUUUAUGCAUGUCUACGCUAUGUAGACGAUAAGUGGAAGUAUUAUUAUGCACCAGUGUCUUCAAUUUUUGAUAAACGUCAUGAUAAGAUGCAUAUUCGACCAAAGAAUUUAGAUGAUUUUGAUCCAAAGCAUAGAUAUCAAGUCUUGUGGAAUUUUGAAAAUACUAGUCUUGAUGAAAGUAACUUUAUUUCAAACGAAUUUUAUGAAACAUUUAUAAUAUGUUUAGCAGAAACAAAAAAAGAUGCUCAAAUCAAGGGCGAAACAAAAACAAAACGACUUAUAAUGCCAAAAAAAUUGUCUUCAACUGAUUCUAGUGAAAGCGUAUGUGACGAUGAGGAUGAUAAGGUGCAUAAAUCUCAGUGUACUAAAAAAUUUAAACAGCAGAUUCUAAUAAACAGUAGAACAACAAUAAAUCAAGAGAAUGAAGAAGCUUUCAUGUCUUCAUCAAAUACUAUUAACGGAAAAUUAAAUUUAGAACCAAAAGUAUUAAUAAACAGGAUACAAAAAGAAAAUAGGAGUUGUUAUGCGUCCAAAAAAGAUUUAUUCAAGAAAAAAAAAGACUGAUAAAGAAAAUGAGAAAUCUUUGGAAAAAUUUAUACUUUCAUCACCAUUGCCACUUCGAUGCUCGACACCAGUAGACCAUAUGUCAAAACGCACGUAUGCACAGGGGUCGCGUGCAUCUAUUCGUUCACCGCAUACAAAUGCACGUUUAAAUUCCUUAUCAGGAUCGCAACCGUCUCGACGUAAAUCACGGUCACCUAUUUCGCGGCAAGAAUCACGGACAUCAAAGUCUCAGCCUGAGCGACAUUCGACAACUACUCGUUGCCGUUCACGUUCGAAUACACCUCGGCGUCGUACAUCAGAACCGUUAAUGUCCAAGCGUGAAUUACAAGUAAAAUCUACACAAAGCAAGCCACCGUCACCUCCGUCGCAUACACUUCAGCAUCUCUCACAAGCAAAAUCUCAGGAUAAGUCACCAUUUUCACAGCGUCAGUAUGACAAACCGAAACCUCCGCUGCAACAUAAGUCAGUGUCGGCUAAAUCUCAAACUGCACCGCAGAUAUCCCCACAUCACUCACGAUCUUAUACAUCUCGGCGUCACUCCCGAUCGCAGUCAUCUCGGCGUCACUCGCGCUCAAAAACAUCUCGGCGUCACUCCCGAUCGCAGUCAUCUCGGCAUCACUCCCGAUCGCAGUCAUCUCGGUGUCACGCACGGUCGCAAACCCCUCGUCGUCACUCACGAUCGCAGACACCUCGGCGUCACUCGCGCUCGAAAACAUCGCGGCGUCACUUCCGAUCGCAGUCAUCUCGGCAUCACUCCCGAUUGCAGUCAUCUCGGCGUCACUCACGGUCGCAAACCCCUCGUCCUCACUCACGAUCGCAGACACCUCUGCGUCACUCGCGCUCGAAAACAUCUUGGCAUCACUCAUGAUCCCAGUCAUCUCGGCGUCACUCGCGCUCGAUAACAUCUCGGCGUCAUUCGCGCUCGAGGACAUCUCGGCCUCACUCACGAUCGCAGUCACCUUGUCUCUCUCUUCAGCAGCUAACACAAUCGCGAUCUUCUCAUGAUAAAUUACCAGUACCUCAGCCUCAGCAUAAUGUACCAUCACCUCAACCGCAGCAUAAUUCAGGUUCACCUAAAUCUCAAACUUCACCACAGAAAUCCCCACAUCACUCACGACCGCAAUCACCUUGUCUCUCACUUCAGCAGCUAACACAAUUAUCUCAGCAUCAGCAUGAUGUAUCAUCACAUCAGCCGCAGCAUGAUUCAGGUUCACCCAAAUCUCAAACUGCACCACAGAAAUCCCCACAUCACUCACGAUCGCAUACAACUCGGCGUCACUCACGGUCGCGUUCGCGUCCACACAGUUCUCAUCAUUCGACCCCACGUUCGCAUAUUAGAGAUCGUGCACGUCAUCAUUCACGUAGUGCUGGUCCACAUCACGAACAUCCUGAAUGUGCAGUGAAAUUUUUAAAAGAGUUUAAGCCAAAGUUAUAUCGCAUGUAUAAAAAGAAAGGUUUCGACUUAGAAUCAGUAAUUCCAGAAAGAUACCGAAAAUAUCAAAUGUUAAGAUACGAUAAGAUGUGGAUUAUCUGUCGGUAAAAAGACAUGGAGAAUAGCACAAUAUAAGCGCCGAACAGGCUUUUUAUGUGAUCUUGGGUACAUAUUAUGGAAAAGGAGAGAUUUGGCAAAUCGUUGUUUAAAUUUGUCUAAAGUUAAAACGCAAAUACCAAAUAGAAGUCGAGUAAAGCUGUGUACUCUAAGAAAACUUAAUUUGUAUUUAAAUUAUCUAAAGGCUCAUAAAUCCUAUGCGCGUAUAUCAACAAAAACAAGAGAUUUUCUGAUAAAAGACUGUACUCAGCACCUCAGCGCUCGUAUACGAGAUGUAAAAGCAGAUUUAAUCAAAUCAGCUAGCCAAGCUGCCUAAAUAAAGGUUACCAUACUUUAUUUAAAA